UUUUGUUUUAGCAGCACUCUUAAAUUCAUUCAGCUACCGAAGUUCAUAGAUUUCAUCCGUGAUAUGUCAGCUACCGGUUUUAGAGCAGCGCAGAUAGACAGAUCAAGCUGCAUAGCUCCAAAUGUCAAUGAAAUCGCCAUUCAAGCGGAUUGUGAUGGUGAAGAUCAAGAGAUACAAAAAGAGGAACGUGAUGUAUUAGAUUUUACCAGUCCAUUUCUAUUUAGUGAUGCUGUUCUCGUUGUUCAAGGUAGAAAUCUACAUUGCCAUCGUGCUAUUCUGUCUAUAUAUUCACCAGUAUUCAAGGCAAUGUUUCAAAAUAGAUGCAUUGAAAAUCAAAAGAAUGAAGUUGUUAUCCCAGUUGAUGAAUUCGAUGAUAUCAAGGAGAUGCUACGUCAUAUGUACACACCCGGAGGAUGUGACAUGACAGCUGAAACAGCUGAAAAAUUGUUACCAAUUUUACAUCGAUAUCAAAUAGAUUCGAUGGUGAAUUUAGCUGAAAGAGCACUUACAUUUCGUCUGAAUGAUUCAACUGCUCCAAUGUUUCUUCGAAUAGCUGAUUUAUAUGGUUUAAAUCGGUUAAGACAAGCAGCUUUGGAUUCAUGUGCUCGUUUGGAUAAUAAUCGUAUGGUUAGGGCAUUUGAAGAAAUAAAUAUUUCACCAGAACUGAGAAAUGAAGUACUAGGACGAAGAAUUAUGAUUUUAGAGAAAUGUCUUAUAGACAUCCAGCAAAGUUUUACGCAUUCAUGUUCACGUAUGGAAAGUCGAGCUGAGCGUGUUCCAUCCAAUCACUGUUCAUUGCAUUCUCGACCAUUUUCAACUGUUACAUUCAGUUCAGUGGGAAAUAAUACGACUGGUGUAUCAAUAACUAGUGGAGUAGAGCAAAAUUCUCAAAAUAAUGACAAUGAUUCUCUUCGUUAUGAUGUAUCCGCAAGUAUAAUACCAUUUUCAGUUGCCAGAAAUUUGGAAAUACGUACAAAUGCAGGUAAUGGACAAAAUGUUUCUCCUCAAGGGGAAACUUCUCAGGCAGAUCAAAAUAUGACCAAUACUGGUCCCAUAGCUUCAGCAACAGCAUCAACAGCAACAAUAACGACAACGACAAUGACUCCAACAACUAAUAAUCCUCCUUUAGCUACAGCCAUCUGUGAACAAUGCGUAGAACAAUUCAAAAUGCACAUACAAGAAUUAUGUAAAAGGGGGUUGCAUAAAAUACCAAUAAUUCAAUGCAGAAAUCCUUGAGUUUUAACUCCAAGAUUAUUUUUUUUUAAAUCAUUCUUUUUGAGGUCAAAGAUUGUAAACUGAGAACACCAAUAUGGUAGAUAUAAAGUAGGAGAAAUAUAUUUGACAGAGAGCAAUCAUGACAUAACAUAUAUUCCCAUGCACCCAUGUAGGAAACUACCUUACAAAUUCAUUUAGAGUUACAGCAUGUUUCCAUUCUUUUCAAGCAAUAUAAGUUUUUCAAUGACAUCUUUAUGCCUUCUUUUGAAAAGCAUCAGCAGGGUAUUUGACGAUUUUGGUGGCAGUCCAUGGUUACAUUUUGUUUUUGUAGUCACAGUUAUUACAUACUAGGGGCAUUUGUACACAUUUGAGCAUUUUAACAUGCUAGAAGGUUCCUUGUCUCUCUCUGGCAUCUGAUUGUGUGCCAGCCAAAAUACUACUGUUGUAUAAGUGUAAAAUCUUUAGCUCUCUGGUUCUAAGGCAGC